UAUGCUUUUACUUAGCAAGAAUGAGUAUCCGAAGAGCUGAUAAUAUUGUUCAGGCAGUGAGGUGGAAUGGCAGAGCUUGAAGAAUGUCUUCGAAGCAAGCCACCUCUCCAUUUGCCUGUGCAGCUGAUGGAGAGGAAGCAAUGACCCAAGAUUUGACCUCAAGGGAAAAGGAAGAGGACAGUGAUCAACAUGUGGCCUCCCAUCUGCCUCUGCACCCCAUAAUGCACAACAAACCUCACUCUGAGGAGCUACCAACACUUGUCAAUACCAUUCAACAGGAUGCUGACUGGGACAGUGUUCUGUCGUCUCAGCAAAGAAUGGAGUCAGAGAAUAAUAAGUUAUGUUCCCUAUAUUCCUUCCGAAAUACCUCUACCUCACCACAUAAGCCUGACGAAGGGAGUCGGGACCGCGAGAUAAUGACCAGUGUUACUUUUGGAACCCCGGAACGCCGCAAAGGGAGCCUUGCCGAUGUGGUGGACACACUGAAACAGAAGAAGCUUGAGGAAAUGACUCGGACUGAACAAGAGGAUUCCUCCUGCAUGGAAAAACUACUUUCAAAAGAUUGGAAGGAAAAAAUGGAAAGAUUAAAUACCAGUGAACUUCUUGGAGAAAUUAAAGGUACACCUGAGAGCCUGGCAGAAAAAGAACGGCAGCUCUCUACCAUGAUUACCCAGCUGAUCAGUUUACGGGAGCAGCUCCUGGCAGCGCAUGAUGAACAGAAAAAACUGGCAGCCUCACAAAUUGAGAAACAACGGCAGCAAAUGGACCUUGCUCGCCAACAGCAAGAACAGAUUGCAAGACAACAGCAGCAACUUCUGCAACAGCAGCACAAAAUUAAUCUCCUGCAGCAACAGAUCCAGCAGGUUCAGGGUCACAUGCCUCCGCUCAUGAUCCCAAUUUUUCCACAUGACCAGCGGACCCUGGCAGCAGCUGCUGCUGCCCAACAGGGAUUCCUCUUCCCCCCUGGAAUAACAUACAAACCAGGUGAUAACUACCCCGUACAGUUCAUUCCAUCAACAAUGGCAGCUGCUGCUGCUUCGGGACUAAGCCCUUUACAGCUCCAGAAAUGUCAUGUCUCCCACCCACAAAUUAACCCAAGGCUAAAGGGCCUAAGUGACCGUUUUGGCAGGAGUUUGGACACCUUUGAACAUGGUGGUGGCCACUCUUACAACCACAAACAGAUUGAGCAGCUCUAUGCCGCUCAGCUGGCCAGCAUGCAGGUGUCACCUGGAGCAAAGAUGCCAUCAACUCCACAGCCACCAAACACAGCAGGGGCAGUCUCACCUACUGGGAUAAAAAAUGAAAAGAGAGGGACCAGCCCUGUAACUCAAGUUAAGGAUGAAGCAGCAGCACAGCCGCUGAAUCUCUCAUCCCGACCCAAGACAGCUGAGCCUGUAAAGUCCCCAACAUCUCCCACCCAAAGCCUCUUUCCAGCCAGCAAAACCAGCCCUGUCAAUCUGCCUAACAAAAGCAGCAUCCCCAGCCCCAUUGGAGGAAGCUUGGGAAGAGGAUCCUCUUUAGGUAAAUGGAAAGGUCAACACCAGGAAGAGACUUACGAAUUAGAUAUCCUGUCCAGUCUCAACUCCCCUGCCCUGUUUGGGGAUCAGGAUACAGUGAUGAAAGCUAUUCAGGAGGCUCGGAAGAUGCGAGAACAGAUCCAGCGGGAGCAACAGCAGCAACAGCCGCAUGGUGUUGAUGGGAAACUGUCCGCCAUGAAUAACAUGGGGCUGAACAACUGCAGGAAUGAAAAGGAAAGAACACGCUUUGAAAAUUUGGGGCCCCAGUUAACAGGAAAGUCAAGUGAAGAUGGAAAGCUGGGCCCAGGUGUCAUCGAUCUUACUCGGCCAGAAGAUGCAGAGGGAAGUAAAGCAAUGAAUGGCUCUGCAGCUAAACUACAGCAGUAUUAUUGUUGGCCAACAGGAGGUGCCACUGUGGCUGAAGCACGAGUCUACAGGGAUGCCCGUGGCCGGGCCAGCAGUGAGCCACACAUCAAGCGACCAAUGAAUGCAUUCAUGGUUUGGGCGAAGGAUGAGAGGAGGAAAAUCCUUCAGGCCUUUCCUGACAUGCAUAACUCCAACAUUAGCAAAAUCUUAGGGUCUCGCUGGAAAUCCAUGUCCAACCAAGAGAAGCAACCUUAUUAUGAGGAGCAGGCCCGGCUAAGCAAGAUCCACUUAGAGAAGUACCCGAACUAUAAAUACAAACCUCGACCGAAACGCACCUGCAUUGUUGAUGGCAAAAAGCUCCGGAUUGGGGAGUAUAAGCAACUGAUGAGAUCUCGGAGACAGGAGAUGAGGCAGUUCUUUACCGUGGGGCAGCAGCCUCAGAUUCCAAUCACCACAGGAACAGGUGUUGUGUAUCCUGGUGCUAUUACUAUGGCAACUACCACACCAUCACCUCAGAUGACAUCUGACUGCUCUAGCACCUCCGCCAGUCCAGAGCCCAGCCUCCCAGUCAUCCAGAGCACUUAUGGUAUGAAGACAGACGGCGGAAGCCUAGCUGGAAAUGAAAUGAUAAAUGGAGAGGAUGAGAUGGAAAUGUAUGACGACUAUGAAGAUGAUCCCAAAUCAGACUAUAGCAGUGAAAAUGAAGCCCCGGAAGCUGUCAGUGCCAACUGAAGAGUGUUUGUUUGCUGAAUUAAAAUACUCUGACAUUUCACCUCCCCUCCCCCAACAGAAAAGUUCUUAAAGAGCCCGCAUGCAUUUGUGGCUCCACAAUUACAUCAGCAGAAUGGUCUUAAUUGUUUCGUAAAGCGUGAGACAGAUUAAGUUUUCCCAGAUUUUUCAUGAACUUGAGUUUUUUGUCGUUAUUGUUAUUGUUGUUGUUGUUUUUUAAUUUAGGUGAAGACAUAUUAAAUAUGAGACACCAGGACUUGAAAACUUAUCUCAACCCAUAGCUGUCUUACAAGUCUUAUAUUUUGUCUUACUUUUUUUCUUUUGGAUGUUGAUAAAGGUUUAAGUUACUGUUUUAGAUGGGGUUAAACAUUCUCACUCAGGUAUGCUGUGCCAGCCUACAAGUUGUGAAUGUGUUUUUAUUCUGAAUUAUUUUAGAAAACAACUGAGAAUUUCAUAUUGUGAAACAGAACAAGUCCACGGCGUGUGCAGCUGCAUGUAGAGCAUAUUCAAAAGGCCUCAGAAUUCCAUUUUUCCAUGUGUAGAGUUAAACUUUGAAUGUGCCAAACUUUUUCAUAACUUUUGAAUCUUAAUAUUUUGAAAGUCUUAAAGGAGACACUGCAAAGUCUUAGACAAUCUUUGGCAUCUUAAAAUAAAAUAGCAAACCACACAUUUUUUUUUUCAGAAAAUGGUGAAGUACUCAGGAAUCUGGAGACAAGAUAUUGUAAGGAAUGAACAAGGUUGCCACAGUGCAUGUACCCAAUUGUGUUUGCCUCUUGACGUGCCAUCAGUGUGUGACGUGGUGCGACGUCCACACACCAGAGCGAUCACCACACCAGAUACCGACAUGGUGGUCUUCUCUGCCUGAGACCACCUCUCACUACAUCCAUUAUCCCUUUGCCUUUAACCCUGACAUUCAGUCUUAACACAUUUUCUCUUAAAUAAUUUAUUCAUUCCAGAAUGUCAAGGGUCCACUUACUAUUUAUUUAAAAAAAUUGUUGGUGGCAUUAAUUUAAUAAUUCUUUUUUCUUACCCUCCUUCCCCAAAGAACUUUUCAGCCCUUUUCACCUCCUUCUCCUGCUAGAUACAAAGGUGUACAUAGUGAUUUUAUGUCUCCAGAACAUCUGGAAGCAUUUCUGAAACAAGAUACUACUAAAUACCUAUAUUGUUGUUUUUGAACAUCAGUGUAUAUAUGGCUAUAGAGCUGUGUAUUUGGAUACAGGUGUAGAGAUUUACACUUCAACAGGUAUGCCCCUGAGGUUCCCCGUGACUUUGAAUCUUUUGCCAGAAUUUUCCCCUAAUUCAAUUAAGCAACAAGUGGUAGGAUCUGCAUCAGUGGCAUUUCCCCUCAAUGCCAUUCAGCAGCAAGGGUCAACAGUGGUGACUGCCAGGCAGGAGAGUCCCGCAGCCAAUCCUAAAGCCCAAAGCUGCGGUCCACAUAGGAGUCCACAGGGAUGCUGUCAUGGGCUGGCACCUUUACACUGAGCUGCCUUGUCCCAUCUGGCACAUCUAGGGAGUUCUUUGCAAAAUCCCCAGGAUGCAAGAAGCCACAUGACAGCCUCAAAGCAAAGAUAGAGGCAAAUAGUCGUGAUACAUCCAGAGAAUGAAAGAAAACCAUAGGGAAGGAGAAGGAGGGGAAAUACAUUCCCUAAAUGGGAUGUUCCUACUGUUAACUCUGGGGAACAGAUCACUCCUGGGGCAGCAGGCGAGUUCCUCUGGCUCACUCCCUCCAUCUGUGGCUGCAUGGGGGUCAUGCCUACGUGUGAACAAGAUUAACUGCCCUUGUCACACAAGGAUUUUUCUGGAGAUGUGCUGAUGAGCUGGGAAGCAGUGAGGCUUCAUUCCCCAUCUCCUAACUGCAGGGAGCUCGGCCAUGCCAUUUUGACCUUCCUGAAACCAGGACCGAUUGCCUAUGGGGGAGCCUCACCCAGAGUAGUUUGAUGGGAGAAUGUCAGCAAAUGGGACAGUUCACCUCAUGGGACAACCAGAAUCUGAUCACCAGGACAUAGGAACGGCCCCAUCAGAUUUCUUGAGCCAUUUUGUCACUUGGAAAAAUAUAGUGUACCUUCAUAUUUAUUUAAGAGUGCUCAAGGCCAUACCUAAUAGCAAUAAAUAGGUCUAGCCAAGACAUUACUGUCUAUGUCAUUAGCUAGGAGUGCUCUGUAUAAACUGAUUAAGGUACUGAUAGGAAUGUUUGGUUCUUAAUAUUGAU